AUGGAGUAUAAAGGUAAAUUACCAAAUAAAUUAAUUCGUUCAGGUCAAUUCUCAUCAAAUCAUUUUAAUUCCGAUUUUGAUUUUAUUUAUAGAGAUAAAGAUUCUUUUUCUAAACAAGAUAUACAUCGUAUUAUUCAUGAUCUAAGACCUACUAAGAAUAUAACGGAAUCUUUAUUAGAUAAACAAUCAGGUCUUACAGGUACACCAGCAAAGAUAAAUUUUUUACGUCGUAAGAUGCGUCAAUUUGGUGAUUUAUUGGAGAAAUGUUUGACAUUAGAUCCACAAAAAAGAUUAACACCUGAUGAGGCAUUACAGCAUCCUUUUGUUAAGGAAAGUAUGCACUUUGUUGAGGGAGGAGGAGGAGGAGGAGGAUCUUCUUCUUCCUCGGCUACAGCAAUAACAGCAGCAGCAGCAACAGCAACUGCAGCAACUGCAGCAACUGUAGCCGCUACUAUUAGCAGCAAGAAGGACAAGGAGAUGGAGGAGGGAGGGAGAUAA